CUAAAAGACAAACCCAAUCGCCUUUCAAAAACCAACCAUUAAGUAGUGCAAAGCUUUCCCACAUAAAGUCUUUUUGUAAGAUAUAAACCACAUCAAAGAUUAAAAUUCACACAAAACAUGGGUUUAUGGAACUACCAUGUACAAGACACAAAUCCUAGUAGCAAUUUCAUUGAAUGGCUUAAGCCAUCUUCUUCAUCUUCUUCACUUACUUCUUCUUCUUCAUCAUCUUCUUGUUCUAUAACUCAACAAGUUCAUCUCACAAACCCGACCGCCAUGAAUAUACUAAAACUCCCUCUUUUAUACCCACAGCAGCAAGAAAUAUUUGUUAAAGAGACAAUUCAAUGCUUGCCUCUUUUAAAUACGCUGAUAGAGAAGAAAGCGAUGAAAGAAGAGGAUAUGGAUAUCCAAGAAAAUAUUAUUAACAGAGAAAAGAUUAGUAAGGAUAAUCUUGAUGACGACAAGGUUACUGUGGCUUUGCACAUUGGGCUGCCUAACAGUGGCAGUAGCACUGAAAAAGUUGAAACGAAAGUUAAUUUCGAUGAAUUUAAGGAACCUAUCAAGAAAAGCUUCCAUGGCGGCCCUUUUAAUUCAGAGACUAGGUUUUGGAUUCCAACUCCUGCUCAGAUCCUUGUUGGUCCUAUGCAGUUUGAGUGCUCCAUAUGCAGCAAGACUUUCAAUAGGUACAAUAACAUGCAGAUGCAUAUGUGGGGGCAUGGAUCUGAAUUUAGAAGAGGACCAGACUCACUUAAAGGAACACAACCAGCAGCAAUGCUUAGGCUGCCAUGCUAUUGCUGUGCACAAGGUUGCAAGAACAACAUCAACCAUCCAAGAGCUAAGCCAUUGAAAGAUUUCAGGACCCUUCAAACUCAUUACAAAAGAAAGCAUGGAGCCAAGCCAUUUAUGUGUAGAAAAUGUGGGAAAACUUUUGCAGUUAAAGGAGAUUGGCGAACCCAUGAAAAGAACUGUGGCAAGUUAUGGUAUUGCAUUUGUGGUUCUGACUUUAAGCACAAAAGAUCACUUAAGGAUCACAUUAGGUCUUUCGGAAAAGGUCAUUCUCCUCAUCCAUCUCUUGAAGGUUUUGAUGAUGACAAAGAAUGUAUUACUGGCUCUGAAGAAGACGAAUUCGCUCGCUAACUAGGACCAAUCCUUUUCGGAUCGAUCUAUUUCAUUUUUUUCUUUCUUUUCUUUCUCUCUCUCAUUUUUCGCCUGUUUGGAGUUGAAAAUAUAAAGUUGAAAGUUAUAGCACCGUCAGCUAUUUCUGCUUAUACAUACCUUAUACGCUUGUGCUCAGUAACAAAAAAUUCUCAAGAGCGUGAGAAGCAAAGAGGGAGCGGUUUGUUACAGAGCACUUGCAAGAGGAUUAUGAGCAGAAGGGGAAGAUUAAUAAAGAAGGUGAAGAAUUAAUGAUUACCUCUUAUAGUGGUGAAGUUGAUGAAUUUUCUUUAUCUCCAAUUUAAUGGAGAAAAUUUGUCCGCUUCAUUGCUGACUGGUAAUCUUUUUAAUUAAUAUAAUAUAGUGAUUUUGUUUGUUGUUAAUGUUAAUCUGCUUUCUGAUUAGCAUAUGUAUUUACAUAUAUAUGUAUGAUCAGUUCCUCUUUUAUUUAAUCUACUAAGCAUUAUACUUUUUAA